AUGACUAAGAAAACAGGACAUAGAUUCCGGAUGUUAGAUGAUGCAGCUGCAAUUGAAUAUGCGUUCACCGUAAACCAUCACAACAUGAGUGAAAAUAAAAGUAUUUUCAUGGAUGUAUUUGUGAGUGGAGUUCAGACCAGACUACUAGUGGACUCUGGUGCAACUGUCAAUGUCAUAAGUAAGAAAUUAUGGGAAUUCAUGAAGACCAACAAAGUGAAAUGUGUGAGCCAGAAAUCAUCCAAGGAGUUAUAUGCAUAUGGACGGAAGCCACUUAGUGUCAUAGGAACUUUUCUAGCAGAUUUUGGGCUUGAGGAUUCUAGGAGGAUCAACACAGAGUUUUAUGUAAUUGAGGAAGAAGGACCAGGAAUUCUGGGAAAAGAUUCUGCUUCACAACUAGGAUUAUUGAUGUUGCAGAUUCCACACGUAAACAUAAACAGUACUGAUAAAAGAGCUCAUCUGAAAAACAAAUUUCCAACAUGUUUUACUGGAAUAGGGAAACUCAAAGAUUUCAGUCUCAAGAUUCCAAUAGACUCUGAUGUGACACCUGUAAUACAACCUUUCCGUCGUAUUGCAUAUCAUUUGCGUGAAAAACUUGAACACAAGUUAGAUGAACUAGUUUCGCAAGAUAUUAUCGAGAAGGUAGAUUAA